AUGCUGGUGGCAAUGAGCGCCUGCAGCAGGAAGGCGCUGACCCUGCUCAGCAGCGUGUUCGCCGUCUGCGGCCUCGGCCUCCUGGGCAUCUCGGUCAGCACCGACUACUGGCUCUACCUGGAGGAGGGCAUCGUCCAGCCCCAGAACCAGACGGCUGAGAUCAAGCUCUCGCUGCACUCGGGGCUCUGGAGGGUCUGCUUUCUGGCAGGUGAGGAGCGUGGCCGCUGCUUCACCAUCGAAUAUGUCAUGCCCAUGAACAUCCAGCUGACAUCUGAAUCCACAAUCAACGUCCUGAAGAUGAUCCGCUCUGCCACCCCCUUCCCUCUGGUCAGCCUCUUCUUCAUGUUCAUCGGCUUCAUCCUGAGCAACAUCGGCCACAUCCGGCCCCACAGGACCAUCCUCGCCUUCGUCUCGGGGAUAUUCUUCAUCCUGUCAGGUCUGUCGCUGGUGGUGGGGCUGGUCCUCUACAUAUCCAGCAUAAAUGAUGAGAUGCUCAACAGGACCAAGGACUCGGAGUCGUUCUUCAAUUACAAAUAUGGGUGGUCCUUUGCCUUCUCUGCCAUCUCUUUCCUUCUCACAGAGAGCGCCGGGGUGAUGUCUGUGUACCUGUUCAUGAAGCGCUACACGGCCGAGGACCUGUACAGACCCCACCCCGGCUUCUACCGGCCCCGGCUGAGCAACUGCUCCGACUACUCGGGCCAAUUCCUGCAUCCCGACGCGUGGGCGCGGGGCCGCAGCCCCUCGGACAUCUCCAGCGAGGCGUCCCUGCAGAUGAACAGUAACUACCCAGCCCUGCUCAAGUGCCCCGACUACGACCAGAUGUCCUCGUCCCCGUGCUGAGCCCCCCGCCC